AAAUUAAGCUACAUUUUUGCUGUUUUUUUAUGGUAAAUACACCGUUCUUAUGUUCGGUAACGCUGGACAAACCGGUAAUCAUGAAUCGGACGAAGAGGACUUCUUCCAUCCAGCGCCCAACACUAGCGGCAAAUCCACACUGGCGAAAAUAUUUGGUCUAGCUCCGAAAGCCAGCAUGAGCAGUAAUAGCGAACGGACAAAUGUUCCCGUGGCACCGAAACCGGUCAAGAUCUCCGAACGUUACGGUCCAUCCAAUUUCCGAUACAUUCCUGCCGAACCGGCCGAUGACGAGGAAGUAACCGAAGAUGCAACAAACAAACCGACGGACUGGACCAUCGUGCGAGCAUCGGUGGUAACGGCUUACAGGCUUGUCGAUGGUGAUAACGUUUUCCUGGGCAAAUUGGGACUCGCCUUGCUCAACUCCUCCAGUGGUCAUCGAUUGCUGUUGUAUCGUACGAAAACGGAUGUACUCGGCACGGUAACGCUAACCCGGGACACAAAAAUACUGCUAAAGCAAGACUAUCUCCAGUUCCGGGCGGACGAUUCGAACGAUUUUUGGAGCGUUCUGUUUGAAAGUGAAUCCGACCGACAGGCACUACUAACGGCCAUUGAUACGUGGUGUCUGUUGGAACGUGAACCGGUGAUAGAGGAACCAUUGUCCGAGGUGGAAAAAGAUCCCCCACCUUCCAAAAGUAAGCGGUCUGAGCUUGCCGCACGUAUGGCACGAAUGGGCGGGCAAGCAAUGCCUUCGAUGCACGAAACUGCUCCUGGUUCUGAUUCUUCCGAUACGUCCGAUUCGAAGAUUGAAACCAUAACGACGCGUCCAACGACCCGCCGACCGAACCUGCUGUCGACCGUAAGCAUGCAAAUGGUUCCGCUUGGAGGAAUGAUUCCGACCAACGGUAACGGAGGGCCUGUAUCGAGUCAAGCAUCCGGAAUUGCGGAUAUGAAUUUCAAUUUAAUUAUGAGUGAAAAUCGAAUGCAAAACACCGAAAUGCGUAUGAAUCUGACAAAGCUGGAAUCGAAGCUUGAUCGUGUGCUCGAUAAGAUCGAUCUGUUAAACGUGCACGGUACAGGUGACCGGUCAUCAAGUGUCGCCGACAAGGAUACGGAAGUGCUGGAGCUGGAAGAGAAACUGCUCGAAUUAAAGCGUGCUAAUCAUGCAUUGAAAAGCAAAUUGCGCACCUUGGAAAUAGCGGAAAGUCAUGGAAAACGGGAGGCACACUCUAUAAUGGAAGGAAAGAUACAAACGCUGGAAGAAUCGGAACGGCGACUCAAGGAAAGUGUGCUUAGUUUGGAACUAAGACUGGAAGCAAGCCGUUCAGAGAUAGAACAACAGAGGGAGAAGCUCGCUGAGCUUGAGAAGCAGCUCGGCGAGGAAAAACAUUCCGUUGAAAGUAAGACCAAAGAUAUGAAAGCAACAUUGGAGCAACUGGAAGAAGGUCAGCGUGAACGGAAUCGUCUAAAGGAACAAAUUGAACUGGCAAAUCGUCGAUCAGAUGAGCUUCAAACGCAACUAGCACAGCAGCAGAAGGAAUGCUGCGAACUCCAGGAGGCGAAUCAACGUCAACGGGCGUCAGCGAAUAACAACGCUUCCUUGGUGAAAGACAUCAUGAAUGGAUGCUUUCAACAGCUGUGCGAUCAGAUAACCGAUCCACAGAUAUUGAAGAUCAUUGCCCAAACGAUCAAGCGCGAAACCAAAGCGGCAUUGGAGCGACAAGGUGAUCAAUAGAAGUUUAAAACUAUCUACAGAAAGCGCUAG